AUGUUUUUUUCUUUUUCUUUCUUUAUUUUUUCCUUUCGGCAUUUUUGGGAUUUGCUUUUUUUUUUACAACAUUUUUUUCUUUUUUUAUUUCUUUAUACCUUUCAAAGCUUGAUUGUUUUUUUUUUCUUUUUAUUCAUAUAUUCCCAUUUCUAUCUCUCUUUCUCUUUCUUUUGUUCACUGUUCUCAUUGCUUUCCUUUUCCCUUAUCCAUACCUUGUCAUCCCUUCUUUCUUUCUUUCUUUCUUUUUCGCAUAUUUUUUCACUACUUUCCACACUUUUGUUUAUUUUCCCACUCCCUCUUAUUUGUCAUCUUUUCUCUUUCUCCUUCCGCUCUUUCUUUCUUUUCUUUCUUUUCUUUUUCUAUUAUACCACAUUCUUUCCUUUUUCCUUCUGUUUCUUUCCUUCUAUUAUAAAACGUAUUAAUUCUUUCCUGUUUCCCACAUUAAACUUCUCAUUUUGCCUUUCCUUCCAUUGUGAACUCUAUCUAUCUAUCUAUCUAUCUAUCUAUCUAUCUAUCUAUCUAUCUAUCUAUCUAUCACUGGUCAUAUCUAUCUAUCUAUCUAUCUAUCUAUCUAUCUUUUUCUCACUGGUCAUAUCUAUCUAUCUAUCUAUCUAUCUAUCUAUCUAUCUAUCUAUCUAUUUCUGA